AGAAUAAACAAAAAAAUGAAUUAGAACAAAAAAAAAAAAAAAAACAAAGAAAAGCCGCGGCUGCUGUAGACACCAAAAUCCAGAGAGAGAGAGAGAGAGAGAGAGUUGGGCAAUUGAUUCCAGCUACAGAGAUCGCACCCUAGCGAAAACCCAAACCCAAUAAAUCAAGCCAAAUUCUUUUUUUUUUGUUCUUAUUACCGAUAUCAUUUGUUUAAAAUCUUAAUUAAUAAUUAGUUCUUAAAAAGAAUAAAAAUCCAAACAUCGGUUGGUACCGAUUUGAAUCUAGUGAUCGGGUCUAAUUCGCUGGAAAUCCUUGGUGGGUUUUCGGUUUCGUGAAAUGGGUUGGCUUUGUUUUUCUGUUUGGUAUUGUAGAGAGAGAGUUAUGGAUUUGUGGGCUUAAAUUACUUUUCGAUUUUUUUUUUAACAUUUUGUAGUUGUUGUUUGAUGAUUUCUUUGGGGAGGAGAGAUGCGAGAGAGGAUUUAGGGUUAGGGUUUGGUAGUGAGAGAGAGAUGGAAGAUACUGAGCUUGAAGAAGGGGAAGCGUGCUCUUACCAUAACAUUAACACCAACAAUGAUGAUGAUUAUGAUGAGAGCAUUGACCCUGAUAUUGCUCUCUCUUACAUAGAUGAGAAACUUCAAGAUGUCUUGGGACACUUUCAAAAAGAUUUUGAAGGUGGAGUUUCAGCUGAGAAUUUGGGGGCCAAGUUUGGUGGUUAUGGUUCAUUUUUACCUACAUAUCAGCGGUCUCCUGUUUGGUCUCACCCAAGAACCUCACCAAAAAUUCAACAUUUCAAUGCAUCUAGAUCUCCAAACCAUUUGCAACUGGAGGGUGGCCGCCAUAGCUCUGUAUCUUCGUCAACUGCAUCUCAAUCAGUAAGAAUCGAACCUUCCUCCACAGUAUUGAAAACAUCAUCCUCCUUGAACGAGUCUGUUAAACAAGAAGCAAAUGUGCCAUCCACUCAAUUUGCUGAGGAAGUUGUUCCUAGAGAUGAAUCUGUAAACAGGAAAUGUGCUAGUUUACCAGAUCAGAAAAUGCUGAAAGUUCGAAUCAAAGUGGGUUCCGAUAACUUGUCGACACAAAAAAAUGCUGCCAUCUACAGUGGUCUUGGGCUUGAUGUCUCACCAUCUUCCUCACUGGAUGACAGCCCCUCUGAGAGCGAUGAGAUGUCUCAUGAACCUCAAGAUGCUCGUCUUGAAUCUCCUGCUCAUAUUCUUCAGAUAAUGACAUCAUUUCCUGUGCCCGGAGGUCUGCUGCUAUCACCUCUUCCUGAUGAUUUAAUCCACUUGAAAGAGAAGGAAAAAUUACUGAAAGACAUUGAAUGCUUGCCUGUUCCAAGGUUCGGACCAGAAAAUUCUUGCAUUGUAGUGAAUGGUUCUAGCUCUGUGAAGGGUGAUGGGACAAUGUUUGGAGAGAAGAAGAUAAAGUCAAUAGCAGGAAAUGACCUUUCAGCAGAAUCCAAGAGCAAUGUUAAUAAGGAUUCUGGGAAUGGUGGUGUUAUAUCGAAGGAGAUAGAACUAGACACUUUUGCUUGUGAGGAGCUUGUUUCGAACACCUUAAAGCUUCCACUUUUGUCAAAUUCAUAUUCUGCUGUUGUUGGCAUUUCAAAAGGAAUGAGGGCACCUAACGUGUCCAAGGGAGUGAUGAGUGACAAAGGUUUUUCUGGUCUUACUAAAGAGGACUCGCCGGUGCCAAUAUUGAUCCAGGAGAAUGGCUGGAUCAAUAAUUCCAAAUCCAAGUCCUCAGGAAAGGUUUGGGAAGAUAAAAAAACUAGCACUCUUUGCAGUGAGUCAGUCUCCUCAAAGAAAGAUGGUGACCGCAAAGGAGAAAAGCCUUAUGAGUCAGUCAAAAUUGACUCAAAUGUUUCCAAGGGGAGAAAGGCUCCAGGUCAGGCUCCAACAGAACCUCCCAAACAGAAUGCUGAUGAGAAAGCUAUGCCUUAUCAACAGGAAGGUAUGAAGUUACCUCAUGUUAAGGAGUCCUGUUCUGAGGGAAAAAAGAAACUAAAGGGAAGUCAAAGUCAUGGCAAUGUAGUUGCCGAGGCACCAAAGGAGAGUCUGAGGGUUGGCUCGUCUUUGUCACUGAAAAAUAAGAAGAUCAGUUGUGCAGACAAACAUACAACUAAAGGGGAGUCAGAGGAUUUGAAAUUAAAAAAGAAUUCUGGAAAAGCUGGCGAUAGAUACAGAGAGUUUUUUGGGGACAUAGAACUAGAACAAGAAGAAAUCCAGACGAGUCCAUUGGUGAAGAAUUAUGAUGAUAAGCUGGGGGACUUAGAAAUGGUUGAAAAGAGCACACAUGGAAGUAACAGCAUGUUUAAGGAAAGAUCAAGCAGUAAGAAAGUGGACAAGCUGUUAACAUCUGAAGCAUUUCCUAAAGCUGCACCAAUUGGAGUUGUGCACAAUGGAGACGGGCCCAUACCUGAUACUGCUCUUGGUGAAGAUAAUUGGGUCUGUUGUGACAAGUGUCAAAAAUGGCGGCUUCUUCCACCUCGUACAAACCCUGAUGACCUGCCUGAAAAGUGGCUGUGUAGCAUGCUUGACUGGCUGCCUGGUAUGAACCGGUGUAGUUUUAGUGAGGAUGAAACAACACUUGCAACUCGGUCUCUUAAACAGAACAAUUCUGGUGGGAAUAUAUCUGGAGUAACCAUGGCUGAUGUUUGGAAUGCUGAUCAGAGCCACCAAAAUCUUGAUUCACAUGUUGGGCUUAGAAAAAAGCAUGGUUUAAAGGAGUUACCAAAUAUAAUGUAUAAAGAAGGUGGACCUAUUCGGUUGUCAAACCCUGCAAAGAAGAGCUUACAGGUAUCGGCGACAAAUGGAAGCUUAAAUGAUGUGAAACCAUCUCCUUUGGUAACUGAACCCCAUUCCUUGAAACUGAGCAAGUCUAGCCAUUUAGCUGUGGAGAAACUUGAACAUAAGCCAAGAGAGAAGCAUAGAGGACUGGACAUUUGUUCUGACCGAGGUGGUGGUUCUAAGCGAUCAAAGGGGAAAGGCAAAAGAGAUCUUGAUCAAGAUUCUUUUAAAGCUGCUAAGAAAAUUAGAACUGAAGAUUUGCCAGAAGAUUGGACAUCUGAUCAUGGUGGGCCAAUUGAAAAGGUGGGUCCUACUUCAAACAAUGCUUUGAUUACUACGUCAUCAGGGAAGAAUCUUCCCAAACACAACGAUUGUGCUUUUGAGAACAUAAAGCAUGAUCAAAAGGACUGGGCUCAACUUUCUUCUAGAAAAACAAAGGAUGGUGUCUGCACUUCCUUGGAUAAAGGGUCUGUGGAUGUGGGCCACUGUGAUGACAAAGAUACAAAAAAAAGGAGAGUGAAGGAAAGUUAUGAUGCCCAACUCUAUCAUGUUUCCCUUUCAAACACUGGGCAUCAUCUCCAGGAUAGUAAUAUCUUGGCCAAGGAGGAGUUGAGUGGGAAUGACUACAGGAAAGGUAAGAAGGCCAGAGUAUCCAGGUCCGAAGGGAAGGAGGCCAGUGGAAGUAAAAGCAAUGGUAGGACAGACAAAAAAGGUUGCCACAGAAAGAAUCAGCAACAAGGACAUGACCUAGGGAGCACCCUUUCUCAGCAGAGCUUGGAUGGUGUGGAUUCUUUGAAGAGGGACUCGGGACUGUUACAUCUGGCAGCUACUUCUAGCUCUUCCAAAGUUUCUAGCUCCCACAAAACCAAAGCCAAUUUCCAUGAUGCAAAAGGUUCACCGGUAGAAUCAGUUUCAUCAUCACCUAUGAGAGUUUCAAAACCAGAAAAAGUUCCAUCAGCAAGAAAGAAUGUCACCGAGAAAGAUGAUUCUGCUGAUGCUGGUUUCUUUGCCCUAGGUGGCCCAAGAAGAUUUUCUGACAGGGAAGAUGAUGGUGGGAGUGAUCCAUUCCUUGAUGAUAAAACACAAAUAGAAAAACACCAUCUUGUUGAUGGGUCUCAUCCAAGGAAGUCUGGAAAUGGUUCCUCUUCGCGGUCCAAGGACAAGAAUAGGAAUUUUAAUUCUGAGUUUGAAAAUGAAGUUAAAGUUUCCAAUUCCUUUAAUGCACAAGCACCUGCCUGUGAAGUAAAACCAACAAAUUGCAAAAACAAGGCUGAAGUGAAGCUUGAGAUCAAAUCUGAGGAAAAUCAGAAUAAACAUGUUGAUAAGGACUCUGCAGGACAAUUGUUGAGUGAUAAUAGUAAAAGAGAGAAUCAGUUAAAUGGUGGAGGACCCAGUUGUGCGGAUGUUAAAGUUGAUGCUACCAGAAACCAUGAUACAGUCUCUACUGCAAAGCAGAGUGUGGAGGAGCCUUCUUCUGGAAGAGCUCAAAAUGAGACACUUGCUGACUGCCCUUAUCCAAAUCCUGGAUCCCACGAAGGAAACAGGGCAAAUAUGUUGGCUGUAAAUGCCUCUGCUGGGGAUAAUGAAUGGAAAGGGUUGAAACAGAAUCGAGAGGUUGAUCAUCCAAAUGGGAUGCAUCACCAUCACAGCAGUUCCAGAAAUGUCUCAUCAAAUGGGCACAGGGUCAGGGAUCAUGAUGCUCCAGGUGCAGUUAAAAGGGAUUCCUUCAGUCAGGCUGCUAACAAUGCUUUGAAAGAAGCUAAAAAUCUGAAACACAUGGCUGAUCGUCUGAAGAACUCUGGGUCCAAUCUUGAGAGUACAAGGCUUUACUUUGAGGCAGCUCUGAAGUUUCUUCAUGGAGCAUCUCUGUUGGAAACCUGUGGUGGUGAGAAUGCCAAAAAUGGAGAGCCAAUGCAAGUUUACAGUAGCACUGCAAAACUGUGCGAGUUUUGCGCCCACGAAUACGAGAAGUCCAAAGACAUGGCUGCUGCUGCUCUGGCCUACAAAUGCAUGGAGGUUGCAUACAUGAGGGCAAUUUAUUCCUCACAUACUAGUGCAAAUAGAGAUCGGCACGAGUUGCAUAUGGCUUUACAAGUUAUUCCUCCAGGUGAAUCACCUUCUUCCUCUGCCUCUGAUAUUGAUAACCUGAACAACACAACAACACCAGACAAAGUUCCAUUGACUAAAGGUAUGGGCUCUCCUCAAGUGACUGGGAGUCACAUUAUUGCUGCUCGGAAUCGUCCCAACUUUGUGCGGUUGCUCAGAUUUGCACAGGAUGUAAAUUCUGCAAUGGAAGCCUCUAGAAAAUCACGCCUUGCUUUUGCAGCAGCUAAUGCCAGCUUUAGAGAAGCCCCGUGUGGAGAGGGCAUUUCUUCCAUUAAAACAGCUCUUGAUUUUAACUUCCAAGAUGUUGAGGGACUACUACGAAUGGUGCGGCUUGCAAUUGAAGCUAUAAGCCGCUAAGAGCCGAGUUGUUAAAUGAGAUGAUAACAACCUUCAAGAAAGUUUUGCUUGGUUGGUGUAUUCUUGGGAUUUGGCCUUUUAGGGAAGGAAAGAAAGCAACCUGAUCUCUCCGUUGCAGUACUUGAUAUGUCUUUUUGAGGGAUCAGUUGUUAGCAAGAUGCCAGCUCAGUGCUCUUUGUACAUGUGUAUACUGCAGGAUAAUAUUGAACUUUGAGUAUGUCCUUUUGUAAUCAUACUUCAGCUGCUCUAUGAUUCAGACAACGACCUCACUUGUUUAAGCCAUUCAAGAUUGGUGUUGAGGACAAAUGGUUCACAAGACUUCUGCAGAAUUCGGAGACUGUAGAAAUAAGGAAGUUUUGUGUGGUCCAAAAUGAUCGUGGUUCAAGAAAUAAUGGAAUGAGAGUAGAGAUCCCCAACUAUAAAGUUACAGGGGAUUUUAGAAUUUUGAAAUCAGAGGAUCCCAUCUUUAUGGAGAUUGUUUUUUAUUUUUCCGGGAUGGAGUUCUUGUUUUGCCAUUGUGUUGAUUUACUAUUCACAACUCAUCGAAAGAUAUUUUGAGGAUUGGAAACUGUAAUAUAUGUGCCGCUAACAUCAUGAUUUGACUAUCAGAAACCACACUUUCUUUGGUACAAGCACUAUGUAAAAAUGAUAGGGCAUUCUCAGGUUACCUUCUUGAGCUUUUGUAGUUGCAGUUUGAAACUCUUUCCCUUUUGUUAAUAGAUAGACAGUAGGAAGAAGUUGGAUAGUUCCAUAGUGGAAAAAAUGACAUUACUGUUGCAUGAGGUGAGGUUAUGCCCGAGAAGGUUUGUGGAGUGAUGGUAGUUGUGAGCAUUUAGUUGGAUUGUUUAUUGGUAUACUGUGUGAUCCCUGACUCCCUCCCUGCUCCUGCACUCCUUGGCAGUGGCUGUCAUGUACAUGUAAACUCAAGUUAUCUUAAAGGGAAUUUUUUGGUUGUUCCCGAGGGAUUGUUUCAUGCUAAACCAUCAGGCAGUGAAUGCAGACUGCAGACGUAGUUGUUUGGAAAUGAAUCUAUCUAUUGUUGUAGUAAUCCAUCAAUAACUUCUGACUGUGAUUAGAGGUUCAGUGAUUUGGGGCAGUUGCAGUGGCAGUCUGGUUUUUGCACUAUUCGUCUCAGUUUGUUCUGUUUAUUUUAUGCUCCCCCGUCUUUGUUCCCUGCAUCUCAAUUGUUUUGUAACUCUGGAGCCAUGUUCAUAAUCCGUUGUACAUUAAUGAAUGAUGAGAUUCUGACCUCCAUCUCCAAUCCAAUCCCAGCUGAUCUUUGUGCUUACCCACUUCAACACAUGUAUCAUAGCAAAAGAUUUUGAAUAAAGAGAUGGAAAUUAAAAAAAAGUUUUGGAA